AUGCCACGUGGCGCAAGUGGAGCGGACGCACGACGCGGGCCGUGUUUUCCCUCGCACCGCGAGCCCCCGCACCCGCGGUGCAGCCCACCGUGCUCCACCGCCUAUCGCUGCGCGUCGGGCCCGCCGUGCUCCACCGUCUCUCCCUCGUGGGGCCGCAGUUCAGGACCCGUGCCCCGCCUCCACGGGACGCCGCGGCUUCUUGCUGCCCCCCCUUCCUCCUCUUCAUUUGGUGGCGGCGGUCUAGGGUUUCGGAGGGGGAGCGAUGCCGGCGUGGGCGUAGCCCUGCUUCGGUCGAGGAUCCCGCCGGCGGCGAGCGCACACCCGGCUGGCGCGUCCAUCCUCCAGGCGCCCUCCCACAGCCCACGCGACCCCCAGCAUUUUCCUCUGCUCUCGCCACAGCUGCAUUGGUGCGUCUUCCUGGUGCCGCUGAUUCAACCGUCUUCCGUUCGCCGCCUGCCCUGCCUACAUUGGUUUGCUAGGUGCCAGGCUGUUGGACGCAUUGCCGUUGCUCAUCCCCUCCUGCAACGUGCUGCCGCUGGCCUCCUUCUGCAGGUUGUCAGGAGAUCAUUUCUGCCCCCUUGUGUCGCCGCUCGAGAAAAUAGGUACAGGAGAAUGUCCAGGAUUAAAAACAAAUGCCUGAUGAAAAAAGCCUCUCUUCCUUAUCAAAGUUCAACUGAACCUAUAGUUGCUUUUCCAAAAGAACAUACCCUCUCUGCAGACAACCACACUGGUUUCAGCUUCACCGGCGACCACACUGAUCCAUCUCGCAUUGAUGAGCUUGCUAUGUCUCUCCUAAAGAUCCUUAGUGAUGGGAUCAUCUAUGAGAUCAAGCAUGACACCACUCCGCUAUGAGGAGCCAGAGGUUCCAGCCACUGUACAUACCCACCUUUUGGUGCUACCUGCUUCUGUGAACUUUUGAAUGCUUAGCCAUGUAUCACGGUUAGGCAUGGUGUUUCAAUUCUUUUGGCAGUUGACUUUGCCUGGUAACAGGGACAAAUAGGCAAACAGUAUUCUUUUGGGUGUUCCAUCACGAGACACCGCUUACAGCACAGAUCCAAACUAAGAUUCAGAGAGCAGUUUGUCUCCACUACGAAGACAAGAUUCAAGAAACCAGCUUUGAGAUCAUGAGAAGGUACUGCAUCACAGCAACUCAAACACCUCCUCAUUUGAACAUGCCACUGAAUAGGAACAUGCUCAGUUAUCCUUCCUGGUUUCAAACUUGUCUGUAUUUAGUUGGCAGAAAACGUUGUUGCAACAUCGCAUUGGGUGCCAUCAGAAAUUCCUGGGUGAAUCUAUAGCGCAUUGACUGUAAUCUAUGCCUGUUCGAUGCACCUAGGACUUCUAGCUGAAUUUGUAUUGCAGUGAAUAUGCUUUAUGCUGCUGUUAUCUUUUGGGUUCGACAUCGAAUGUCUGAAUACUUUAUCUAUGGUUGCUAAAAUGUUUGCUUUUCCCAA